UCUCGCUAUGACCAUCCCUCCAUUCCUCCAUUGAACUGCGGAACAUUCCAGUCUCUUGCUGAUAUCUUGAAUCAGCAGCAUUCCACAGGCCAAGGAUGGGUGUCGAGCCUCCAUUCAUUUAUGACCGACCCAGCACCUACACCUUUGGAGGUCCAACGCAGCGUGGAUUCAAUCCUAAAGCCGUGACGGAAGCAUCAUGGGCUCCAAGACCUGCGAACCCGAAGCCAGACGGACCAUUGAUUGACUUCAACAAACACCCUGACACGUAUGUGGUCGUGCCUUACGGCAACCUCAAUGCGAAGCCCAUUCCUCCUCACACCGAACGCCGAGUUACGAGAGCCCGUCGAUUGCAACUCCUCCUUCGAGUAUGUGGUUUGAUCGGAGCUGUAGGCUUACUCUUCUGCGUCAUCGCAAUCAACAAGGUCUCUUCGACAGUGGGCUGGAUCAUUCGAAUUGCACCUGCCGUUGCCAUUGUGCACACAAUCUACGGAAUCUAUCAUCUGUGUAAAGCUGCGACUGGUCGGACUCCUGGCUCGACUGCAAGCUACAUGGUCUUCGCGGGCGUGGUCGACUCCGGAUUGAUCCCGUUCUUUGUCUUUUCGGCAUGGCUGGCUCAUGCGGACUAUAGCGAGAAUAAAUACGGAUGGAGCACAUUGUUCAAUGACUCGGAGUUGUCAUACAAGAUUAUCUACGCUCUCUUUAUACUGUCAUGCACCGAAGGUGGUAUCAUAUUGGCGUCGUUGCUGUUGGACAUCUACCUCGGGUUGAAGUUUAAGCAGAUUGCCAGACUUCCGCCAGACCUGAACCCUUUGGAACCCAAUCUUACAUCUCGACACAAGCGGAACAAAUCCGAAGGCAUCACUGAGAAAAACAUGAAGGCUUCUGAAUUGGCUGCUAAGAGGGGUUCACAAGGAGCAGGCUUCAAGAGAGUGCCAUUCAUCCACACACGUACCGACUCAGCUGAUAGCGUCACGCUGUACGGUAGUGAGAAUGCUCGCAACUCAAGACUGGAAUUUCGAAAAGACUUAGAGGACAGUGAGAAAGAUCCAUGGCGAUGGUCGAGGUCUUCAUCGCCUGAACGGCCCAGCUCUGUCGUCAACCCGUCGCCUAGUUCGCGUACCGCUGGUGCUGGACUUGAUUACCGCCCGGAGCGUUCUUCUGGACUUGCCAAACAAACUUCUCGACCCUCUUCCUGGUUGUCAUAUCUGGACUAUGAAGGUGUCCCGAGUCUUAUGAGUGACGAGGCUACAGGUGAACUAGAUCACGAGGUCCGACCUGUCUCUCCUGUGUCAGCGCUCUCGGCACGAGAUACCUCGCCAGCCAAGAUGCAAACUGAACGAGGGAACUGGUAUCAAGGCACGGUCCGAAACAGUCAGGCACAGCUACCACCUAAUGGCAGUCAAAUCUUUUCGAACCCGAAGCACGCGAGCAGGAUGAGUUUGCACCAGCAGUUGCAAGUCCCUUCUCCAGAGCCACAGCCAAAGAGAAGCCGCGAGCCACUUGCCAUGAACCCUCCAACACCUAGCCGCCCUCAAUUCAACAAUGAGAACAUGUACUCGACGCCUCCACGACAGGCUCAAGCUGCGGACUAUACCAACAGACUCGUGCUACAUGACGCAAACGCUAAUGGCCAAGCACGACCUAAUGCUGGAUCACGACCAUCAAGCUUCAUUGGAAGCGGUGGUAAGGCUCGGUUCUAUGGCAGCUUGAGAUCUUCUGCUGGCUCAGUCAGCUCGCAGGACGACAAGAAAGAGGCCAGGGUCUCCAUGCGGGAGGUCGAGGAUCUGUACGAACGUACCAGAACCAUGCAGACGGAAAGCGAUUACAGUACAAACUUCGAGGUCUAUGCUUCCGACAGUGACGAUGAAAAGCUCUCGGCGAACGCUGGUCAUAUGCCCCAGAGUCAGUGGAAUGGUGUUCGACAAACCUCCAACUCCACUGGACAUGAUCUGGGCAGCGGCUAUGCUGGUCUCGGCUCAGACUUCGGCCAGGGUAUGGGUAGAAGACGUGAUGUCAGCGGCAAAAUGGCAGAAGAAGGCCGUGCGAGUCCUCCCAAAAAUGGUGCUGCUGGUUGGGCAAGAUUCAAAGGGUUGUAAUGGUCACGACGACAUCAAAAUUUGAAGAUGAAGGGCCAUACUGUGGGACUUGAUAUGCACAUGAGACAGGAGUUGAGGGAUAUUGGAUGAUUUCCGCAAGAGGAACGUCCGGGCUAGCGAUCAAGAAAUGAUAAUUGGGAAUGAUCGGACUUGGAUAGAACUGGACAUGGCGUCGGAAAUGCAAAAACGUGCUUGCUUGACUGGAAACCUGCUCUUGUUCGCAUACUCGAGCGCAGAGAGUGUAAUGUGACAGGCUUCAAAGCAUAUCGUGCGAUGGUAUGCCUUACUGUGCCGCGCGCAUCAAGAUCAGAUAUAGCAGAGGUGGAGCAGUCAGGGGGAGUCUGGUCGAACAUUGACAGUCUAUCACAAUGUAACCUUCUCGCUGUGG